AUGUCUGAUCCACCUACACACGGUGUUGGUAUCGUGGUAUCUACCCCGGAGCCGAUCGACGAGAAAGCUGUCACGGUUCCAGGAAAGGAUACGGCCCAAGUCAGUGGCAACGAGUUGUUUGUGGAAAAUGCCUGUGACUCUGCAGAUGCUGUCAUUAUCACUGGAGCCGAUGUGGCCUCUCAUAUUUUGCCGAUGCGAGAUGAUUUCGACCCUACUUUGACAUUUCGAGCUGCUAUUCUGGGCUCUGGUCUCGCGGCCUUUCUGGCUGUCAUGACCCAGAUUUACACCUUCAAACCGACCCAAGUAAACAUUUCAGGUGUUUUUCUCGUUCUUGUUUCCUACUUUAUCGGUACCGCCUGGGCCAAAUUUCUCCCCCGCGGUGAUAGGUCUGAGGCGAGAUGGAGAGAACAAAAUGGGCAGGUCGGGCUCCCUUGUCUUAAAGAGCAUUCGAUCUCCGUGAUCACUGCCACGGCAGCCGGGUACGUUACGGAUGACACGGCUGUGUUUGCGGCACAAAAGCUGUUCUACGAUCUUCCUCUGAGCGCCCCUACUGUCAUCCUGGGAAUUAUCUCUAUCGGUCUCUUUGGCUGUGGCCUCUGUGGAUUCAUGCGGUUCUUUGCUGUCUGGGAUGUUGAGGCUGUUUAUUGGGAACUCAAGCCACUGAAAUAUUUCUGGUAUGCUUUCACGGGUAUUUUUCUUUAUGAGAUCUUCCCUGCAUACAUAUUUCCAUGGCUAAACUCUGUCUCCAUUCCGUGUUUAGCUUCACAGAAAGCAGCCGGCAAGAAAGGUGCCAUACUCACCAACCUUUUCGGCGGUGCUACUGCCAAUGAAGGCUUGGGUCUCUUCUCUUUGUCCUUUGACUGGCAAUAUAUCACAUCAUCUUCAACUGCUAAUCCUCUUAAAUCACUCCCAUUAAUGCCGACCAACCUGCUCAUGGCCAACGGCACAAAAUAUCCAGUGAGAGAAGCUUUUCCCGGUGGCUUACUCGACAAAUCAGUCAUUGAAAAGCAUGAACUACCCCAGCUUAGUGAGUCCUUUGCAUUUGGUCUGUUCACGGCCAAUGCUGCGAUUGGUGCCCUGAUUCCUCACUGCAUCCUCUUCUGGGGCAAAGGUAUUUGGAGGGUAUAUCGACGCGCCAGGGAAGGUAAGCAUGAUGAUCCGCAUCACACCCACAUGGCCAAGCACUGCAAGGACACCCCAUGGUGGUGCUUCGCCGGCAUUAUCGUCUUGAGUUUUGUUCUUGGUCUUAUCGUAGUGAUCAAAGAGAAGAUCACUCUUCCGGUCUGGGCGUACAUUGUUGCGCUAGCACUAGCAAUUUUCAUUUCGCCUUUCAGCGUCAUUUUCUUUGCUCGCUUCGGCAACGGUAUUGCCACCAAUAACCUGUCGAAGAUGCUGGCUGGGCUCAUGCUUCCCGGGCGCCCAGUUGGUAACAUGUAUUUCGCUGCUUGGUCGCACAAUAUUGUCAUAUCUUCAGUCUCAGUGUCCACUGAUCUCAAGCUAGGCGAAUACCUGAAAAUACCCCCCAGAACCAUGCUUUGGGCCCAAAUGUAUGGCAUUGUACUUGGUGGAUUUAUCAACUAUGCAAUUUUGUCUUCCAUCAUCUCAGCCAAUCGGGAUCUCCUUAUUGAAGGCAAUGGAAACUCCUCCUGGAGUGGUAUGACAAUGCAAGCUUUCAACACGAAGGCGGCCUACUGGGCCUUGGCUCCCUAUUUGUACAAGCUUGGUGCGAAGUACGAGAUGAUUCCUAUUGCUCUAGCUGUUGGUGCUGCUGCGGUGGUUUUUAUUCCCAAAGUCGGACAGCUUGACCUUUCGGAAAUUAACCUCCCACAAUUUAUCCAGUACGCUGGCAAUAUCUCAACCCAGCCACAGACGUGCACCAUUCUUAGUGGAUUACUCUGUGGCUUAUUUACCCAGGCCUACCUCCGGAAUUACCACCCACGCAUCUUCAGAGACUACUCAUACAUUAUUGCGGGGGCGUUCGACGCCGGGAGCCUUUUUGUCAUCUUCAUUCUAUCGUUCGCCGUGUACGGAGCUGGUGGACCAUCUCAUCCAUUCCCGUUGUGGUGGGGAAACAACCAGGAGGGCCACGUUGACUGGUGUCCCAUCUCAAAAUAG